AUGCAAAUUAAUGAUAAAAAGACUUCCAAAAGUAGGAUACUAAUAGAAAUGAUCAAUAAUUAUUAAAAACCUGUUUAAGAGAUUAUGCUCCUUGAAAAAUCUAAAUUGAAAUCAAUUUAAAAUAUAGAGGAAAGAUUUCUUAAGAGUGAGACAAAUAGAUAAUAUGUGUUCCCUCGAACAGAAGAAGAAGAAUAAAUAGAGUGCAAGGAAUCUCCUAAAUAAUAAUAGUAAUUGAUCUCCCUUGAUAAUAUCACAAAUACAAAAGCUUUCAAAGAAUUGAUGAAUAAAAUAUAUUAGAUUAAUACUUCAAAGCAGAAGCCUAAAAAUUAUUAACAAACAGAAUUCAUCAAGAAAUAAUAUUCUAUUCAGUCACAAUUGAUAAGAAAACCUACCCAAAAAUAAUCAAAUUAAAUUAAAACUGAAAUGUCUGAUAUUAAAUAAAAUAGACAAGAUAAUUCCAGUUUUAAAUAAAUGUCUAUAACUUAGUCAAGAGGACAAUCACCACAUAACAAGCUUCAAUACUCUAAUAGAUCAAUAAGUUCUUAAUUGACUAAAUUUUUAAAGCAAAAGAAAAAUUGUCCUUUUGAGACUUAAGAUCAAAACUCACAAAGAAGUUUUGAAUUAAGAUAACAAUUAUUAAAUAAAUCUUAAGUCAAGUUAUAACAAAAUAAAAGUUAUGAUUUUGUGAAAUCAUUUUACAAAAUGAAGAUGAAAAAUGAAAGUAAGAUCAAAUGA